CUUCAGAAACCUUUUAAUUUCCUCUAGCAGGGCAAUGCUCUCCAUGCCUCUUUGUACGUGAGGUUUGUGAUGCUGUUGAUGCAGAAGAGCAAUGAGCUUCCUUAGACAGGUCAGACUUCUGCUGUGGAAGAACUGGACACUCAGGAAAAGGCAAAAGCUUCGUUUUCUGGUGGAGCUUGCAUGGCCUUUGUCUUUAUUUCUUGCCCUUGUCUGGCUGAGGAAGGCUAACCCAGUCUAUCGCCAACAUGAAUGCCAUUUUCCAAAUAAGGCUAUGCCCUCUGCAGGAAUGCUGCCAUGGUUACAGGGCAUCUUCUGUAACAUGAACAAUCCUUGUUUCCGAAGCCCCACCCAUGGAGAAUCUCCUGGCAUUGUGUCUAACUACAACAAUUCCAUCUUAGCAAGAGUGUAUCAAGAUGCUCAAGAGCUCCUACUCCAAGCACCUGAAAUCCAUGACCUGGGCAGAGUCUGGGAGGAAUUGCGCAUUAUGAUCCAGUUUAUGGAAACAAUGAGGACUAAUCCUGAAAGAAUUACAGGAAGAGGGUUAAGAAUCCGAGACAUCUUGAAAGAAGAGGAGACUCUGACGUCCUUUCUGCUGAAUGAUGCUGGCCUCUCAGACUCAGUGGUUUUCCAGCUGAUUAAUUCUCAAGUGCGCCCUGAACAGUUUGCCUAUGGAGUCCCUAACUUGACUCUGAAGGACAUCGCCUGUAGCCAGACCCUACUCAACCGCUUCAUUAUCUUCAGCAGCCAAAGGGGUAUGCAUGCUGUGUACAAUGCAAUGUGUGCCCUUUCCCAGGAGAACCUGCAACAAAUAGAAGAUUCCUUGUACGCAAAUGUUGAUUUCUUUAAGCUUUUCCAGCUGCUUCCCACUGUUCUAGGCAGUAAGUCGCAAGGUGUUGACCUGAGAUCCUGGGGGAGAGUGCUGUCUAAUGUGUCUCAAGCAGUGCGAGAGUUAGCCAGGAGGCCAAGCAUUCAGGACCUUUUGUUGGUUCUGCAACCGUUUGUACAAGGUGGAGGGCCAGAAUCCUUCAGCCACCUGAUGAGCGCUUUAUCUGAUCUUCUCUGUGGCUAUCCAGAGGGAAGUGGUUCCAGAAUAUACUCCUUCAACUGGUAUGAAGAUAAUAACUACAAAGCCUUCCUAGGAGUUGACUCCACCAAGAAGGAAUCCAUUUAUUUUUAUGACAAUACAACCACACCCUUUUGUAAUGCAUUGAUCCAGAGCAUGGAAUCAAACCCUUUAACCAAAAUAGCCUGGAGUGCUAUGAAGCCCCUGCUGAUGGGAAAAAUCCUCUUUGCUCCUGAUUCGCCUGCUGUAAAGCAAAUACUGAAGAAUGCAAACUCCACAUUUGAAGAACUUGAGCGCCUCAGACUGUUGACCAAAGCCUGGGAAGAAGUGGGACCUCAGCUGUGGCACUUCUUUCAAAGCAGCCUGCAAAUGAAUAUAAUCCGAAACACUCUGAAGAAUCCCGCGGUGAGAGACUUCUUGAAUGGACAGCUGGGUGCUGAAGGGUUAACUGCUGAAGAUGUGAUCAACUUUCUCCAUAAUGGAUGUCCAGAGAACCGUGAAGAGGGUGUGGCAGACUUUGACUGGCGGAAUAUCUUCAAUGUCACAGACCAAGCUUUGCAUUUGUUUAAUCAGUAUUUGGAGUGCUUUACCCUGGAUAAAUUUGAAGGUCAUGCUGAUGAAACCCAGUUGACUCAUCAAGCUCUUAAUCUGCUGGAGGAAAACAAAUUCUGGGCUGGAGUAGUCUUCCCUGACAUACGCUCCGGGGCCAGCAAGUUGCCACCGCAUGUGAACUACAAGAUCCGGAUGGAUAUAGAUGCAGUGGAGAAAACAAAUAAAAUCAAAGACAGGUACUGGGAUCCUGGUCCAAGAGCUGACCCAGUGGAUGAUUUACGUUACAUCUGGGGAGGGUUUGCGUAUCUGCAAGACAUGAUUGAGCAUGGGAUUAUAAAGACCCAGACCAACACUGAAGUGCCAUCAGGAAUCUACCUGCAGCAAAUGCCGUAUCCCUGCUUUGUAGAUGAUAUGUUCAUGAUCACCCUGAACCGCUCCUUCCCUAUCUUCAUGGUGCUGGCUUGGAUCUAUUCGGUCUCCAUGAUAGUGAAGAGCAUUGUGCUGGAGAAGGAAAUGAGACUGAAAGAAGCCAUGAAGAACCGGGGAGUUACUAAUGGGGUUAUCUGGUACACCUGGUUCCUAGACAGCUUCAUCAUGAUGUCUGUGAGCGUGUCUCUCCUAACAGCACUAAUUACGUGUGGCAAGGUGCUUCACUACAGCAAUCCCCUCAUCCUUCUUCUGUUUCUGCUGACAUUCACCACAGCCACCAUCAUGCAGUGUUUCUUGCUCAGCACCUUUUUCUCCAAAGCUAACUUGGCAGCCGCCUGCAGCGGAGUCAUCUACUUCACCCUCUACCUGCCCCACGUCGUCUGCUUUGCUUGGCAGGACUGGAUGACUAUUAACCUGAAGAUUAUGGCAAGCUUGCUUUCUUCAGUAGCUUUUGGAUUCGGUACAGAAUACUUGUCACGCUAUGAAGAGCAAGGCGUUGGGCUACAGUGGGACAAUAUCAGGACCAGUCCUCUGGAGGGUGAUGAAUACAGUUUUUUCUUCUCCAUUGAGAUGAUGCUUUUUGAUGCUUUGCUAUACGGAAUUCUCACAUGGUACCUUGAAAAUGUUUUUCCAGGGGAAUAUGGGAUACCACGGCCUUGGUAUUUCCCUCUGCAGGAGUCUUACUGGCUUGAGACUGGCUACCCAAAAGCUGAGAAAACAGCAACUGCUGAUGAAAAAAGUCCCAGGAAAGAAGGCAGUCCAGCCUGGAAGGCCACAGGUGAGGAAAAGACUGCAAACAUGAGGGAGGAAGCAGAUGAGCCUGAAAAGCUGGAAGAACAGAGUGACAACCACGGGGAGAAGGAUGGUAAAGAAUCCAAAUGUAAACACAAAAGAAAAAAAGAGCGUGCCAAGCAGCGGAAGCCUAAGGCAGAGGCAAAGGACAAAGAUGAAAUGACUAUAAACACCUUUUUUGAACCUGAGCCUCCAGACCUGAUGCCGGGUGUGUGUGUGCAGAAUCUGGUGAAGAUUUUUGCAGGCAGGACCAAGCCAGCAGUGGAUGGCAUGAAUGUUACUUUCUAUGAGGGCCAAAUCACAGCCUUCCUCGGCCACAAUGGAGCUGGAAAGACAACCACCAUGUCAAUACUAACAGGCUUGUUCCCGCCCACCUCUGGAACUGUCCUGGUUGGUGGCAAGGACAUCCAGAUACAUAUGGACUCUAUUCGGCAGAGCUUAGGCAUGUGUCCUCAGUACAACAUCUUGUUUAAUCACCUCACUGUAGCAGAGCACAUCUUGUUUUAUGCCCAGCUGAAAGAGAGGUCUCGAGAGGAAGCUGUGUUGGAGAUGGAGAUGAUGCUGGAAGAUAUAGGCCUCCCCCAUAAAAGGAAUGAAGAGGCUCAAAACCUGUCAGGUGGCAUGCAGAGAAAGCUAUCUGUUGCCAUUGCCUUUGUUGGUGAAGCAAAGGUGGUCGUCUUGGAUGAGCCCACCUCUGGAGUAGAUCCAUAUUCGAGGAGGUCUAUCUGGGAUCUUCUACUGAAGUAUCGCUCAGGCAGAACCAUCAUCCUCUCUACGCAUCACAUGGAUGAAGCAGACAUCCUUGGAGACCGGGUGGCCAUCAUUUCCCAAGGAAAAUUGUUCUGCUCAGGCUCUCCUGUCUUCCUAAAGAACAGCUUUGGAUCUGGCUUCUAUCUCACCGUGGUUCGCAAGAUGAAAAACACUCAAGGGGGAGGAGAAUGGGGUUCACACUCCCCUAGCUGUGGAUCUCAGUGCUCGUGUUCCUGUUCCAGGUGUGCACCUAAAGAUACAGCAGAAGGUCCCGAGCAAGAACUGGAUGGGGAUGUGAAUGAGCUUACAGAACUAAUUCAUCAUCAUGUUCCAGAAGCAAAGUUAAUUGAAAGUAUUGGUCAGGAACUCAUCUAUCUUUUGCCCAGUAAAGAUUUUAAACACCGAGCUUAUGCCAGUCUCUUCAGAGAAUUGGAAGAAACCCUGGCUGACCUGGGACUCAGCAGUUUUGGGAUUUCGGACACUCCCCUUGAAGAGGUUUUCCUGAAGGUGACAACAGAUGCUGACCCUGGAUCACAGAAUGCAGGAGGUGCUCAAGAAAAUGGCUCCAGUCUCAGAAAAAUCUGUGUUGAGCAGAAAGAAAAGGUUGAACAACCCCCUUUGGUGACCAGUGGAGCCUCUCGAACACCUGCAGGUCAAACAGGGGAUGGGAAAGAAGGCAAAGGGUCCCGGCAGUAUAAAGGUUCUCAGCUUGUCUAUCAGCAAAUCAAAGCACUGCUCAUCAAACGGUUCCACCAUGCUACCCGUAACCGUAAGGACUUCCUUGCUCAGAUUGUUCUCCCGGCUACUUUUGUGUUGUUAGCUCUAAUACUUACAGUUAUUAUCCCUCCCUUUGGAGAGUAUCCCAGCUUAAUACUACAUCCUUGGAUCUACGGACACCAGAUUACUUUCUUCAGCAAUGAGCGGCCUGGAAGUGAGCAGAUGAUUUCCCUCACUGACGCCUUCUUGAAUAAACCAGGCUUUGGAAAUCGCUGCAUGAAGGAAGAGCCUCUUCGGGACUACCCAUGCAGUAAUAUGUCAACUGCCUGGAGCAUACCACCUAUUCCUCCUAACAUAACCAACCUGUUUCUGACCCACAAAUGGAGCCCUGACGACCCUUCUCCCUCCUGCAAGUGCGGCACUCGCAAGAAGCUCACUAUGCUCCCGGAAUGCCCCAUAGGAGCUGGAGGCCUUCCUCCCCCACAGAGAGUGCAGCGCAGCACAGAAAUUCUUCAAGAUCUCACCCACAGAAACAUUUCGGAUUUCCUGGUGAAAACUUAUCCCAGUCUGAUCAGAGAAAGUUUGAAGAGUAAAUACUGGGUCAAUGAGCAAAGGUAUGGAGGAAUUUCCAUUGGAGGAAAACUCCCAAUUCUUCAUGUCACUGGAGAUCAAAUUGUUGAUUUUUUGAGAGAUCUUGGCCAAAUGAUGAAUAUAACAGGGGGUCAAGCCUCGAUGUCUGUUGCUAAAGAAAUGUCUAAUUUCCUUAAAUACAUGGAAACUGAAGACAACAUUAAGGUGUGGUUUAACAAAAAAGGCUGGCAUGCCAUUGUAAGCUUUCUCAAUGUAGCCAGUAAUGCAGUCCUGAGAGCCAAUCUGCGGCAAGGCCAAGCUCCUGAGGAAUAUGGGAUCACUGCUAUAAAUCAUCCUCUGAACCUCACCAAGGAGCAGCUCGCAGAAGUCACUGUGCUGACCACUUCGGUGGAUGCUGUUGUCGCCAUCUGUGUGAUUUUUGCCAUGUCCUUCAUCCCGGCCAGUUUUGUUUUGUAUCUGAUCCAAGAACGGGUGACAAAGGCCAAGCACCUCCAAUUUGUCAGUGGUGUUAGCCCCGCUGUUUACUGGCUAACCAAUUUCAUUUGGGACAUAGUGAAUUACACAGUGAGUGCUGCCAUGGUUGUGGGUAUAUUCAUUGGAUUUGAAAAAAGAGCGUACACAUCUCCAAGCAAUCUCCCUGUACUUAUUGCAUUGCUACUUCUGUAUGGGUAA